UACUCCCUGGCCAGGCACCGCAGGUGGCUAAGCUUUCGGCUGGAGAGCGUUUUUUGGGUGACAACCAUUCAGCCCACGACGGCCAUGCUCCGGUGGUGAGUGCGGAAGGUGGGGCCGGCAUGGCCCGCAAGCUGCUCCAGUCUGCGCCGCCUGGUCCGCCGCCGCCGGUGGUCAUCACCGCUGUUUCUGAUCCGACUGCUUACUCGAUUGUCCGUGUCAAGGUCCGCUACACCGACGACCCGGCUGGCACGUUCUCAGGAACCUUUACGGGCGUCAUGGCCGGGCGGAACGCGGUGCUGACGUCGGCGGCGGCGCUGUAUCGCCGCCCGCUGCCGCCGUCGGCCGGUCCGAGCCCUCCGGCUGCAGCUGCCGCCGAGAUCCGGGUCACGCCGGCAGCCUGCAAGGGGUGCAUCCGCGGCGGGGCGCAGAUCGACAACCCGUUCGGCACCUUUAAUGGCAUCGCACCGUUCGACAGCUUUCCUUCCGAGUGGCAGUCGACGCCCGCCACCGACCUCGGCACCAUUGACGCCCUCCAGUACAACUACGGCAUCAUCUUUGUCGACGGCUUUACCGGCGAUCGGACUGGCUGGCCUCCGCAGCGCUCUGUCCCCACCGCCCCCCUCUACGGUCCUUUCACCGCCUACGGCUACGGCAUUGAUCCGGAUGUUGCCGGCAUGGCUGACGGUGAGUCGCUCGGCGUCCAGACGGUCAACGCCGGGCCGACGCCGCCGACGCCACUCGCGCCGUCGCCGCCGUCGCCCGAUGCCACCAUGUACGCUGACGUCUGGAUGCCGCUCGGCACCAAUGGUGGACCGUUCUUUGCCGAGGACGGCAACGUGACUGGCCUGUUCUCUGCCACCAACCCGUUUGCCUCGCCGCAGUUUUCGGCUGGCUAUGUGAGCAAGCUCAUCGCGUCAACCAUCAACGACAUUAACGGCUGGGUCGGGGCGGGCAGGUCGUUUACCCCCACCGUCCAGCUCGUCGAGCACAUGCGGACCUGGGCAGGCUCAUUUGUCCGUGUUGUCACGCCUUCGGCUCUUAACGUCGGCGGCACCAUCGCUCAGGUCGCCGUCCGCGUCGCCAACGUUGGCGAUGCUGGAACCGGGGAUAUCACCGCUACGCUCUACGCCUCGACCGACGACGUCCUUAGCCGCGGAACGGAUGUUCUCCUCCUCUCCGGUCAGCUCACCGACAUCCCAUCGAACGGCAUUCGCGACGUGAGCUUUCUUACGAUGUCGACAUCAUCGCUCGCGCCCGCCGUCUACCACAUGCUCGUCGAGAUCGGUGAGGACUUUGUCAUCAACGCCGGCCAGCUCACGAUCAACCCAGCCAGCACCCCACCGCCGCCGUCGCCGCCGGUCUCUUCGGGCUCGGGCUCGGGCUCGGGCUCAGGCUCGGGUACGGGCUCGGGCACAGGCUCAGGCUCAGACUCGGGUUCGGGCUCAGGCUCAGGCUCAGGCUCAGGCUCAGGCUCGGCCUCGGCCUCGGCCGGGCAGAUCAGUGGCGGCUCGCCGUCGUCGUCAUCAGGCGCCUCGGGUGGUCUUAUUGCGGGCAUUGUCGCAGGUGUCGUCAUCUUUAUCGCGCUCGUUGUCGCAGGCGUCGUCGGCGCUGUCUGGUGGGUCAAGCGCCGUGCCUCCGAUACCGCUGGCGCCGCCGGUGAUGCUGGCGGUGCAGCUCUCGCUGCCAUCUGA